AUGAGCGGUGAACCCCAAGCGAAACGUACGAAAAUGAGUGUCCUGGAACAAUUAAAACAAUACUGCACGGUGGUGGCCGAUACCGGCGAUUUUGAAGCUAUGAAAGAAUACAAGCCGACAGAUGCUACCACCAACCCAAGCUUGAUUCUGUCUGCGGCUGCCAUGGAGCAGUACCAGCACAUACUUGACAAAGCUAUCAAAUAUGCCAAGGAGGUUGGCAGUACUGUGGAGGAACAAGUUGCUGAAACCUUGGACAUGCUGAGUGUCUUGUUUGGUUGUGAAAUUCUUAAAAUCAUUCCUGGCAGAGUGUCCGUAGAAGUUGAUGCAAGAUUGUCAUUUGAUAAGGAUGCAAGUAUUGCAAAGGCUAUCAAACUGAUCAACAUGUUUGCUGAGUAUGGCAUCAAGAAGGAGAGGAUUCUCAUCAAGUUGGCUUCUACUUGGGAAGGCAUUCAGGCAGCAAGGGAAUUGGAGAAGAAACAUGGAAUUCACUGUAACCUGACAUUGUUAUUCUCAUUGUAUCAAGCUAUUGCUUGUGCUGAGGCCAAUGUAACACUCAUCUCACCAUUUGUUGGACGUAUCUUGGACUGGUAUGUCGAGCAUACAAAGAAGACAUAUGAAGGCAAGGACGACCCAGGCGUGCUGUCGGUCACUCGCGUGUACAACUACUACAAAAAGUUCGGCUACAAGACCCAAGUGAUGGGCGCCUCUUUCCGUAACACUGGCGAGAUUCGUGAGCUGGCUGGUUGCGACCUCCUUACUAUAAGUCCGAAGCUCCUGCAAGAGUUGGCUGCCAGUGAACAACCAUUGAAGAGAGUGCUGGAUCCUAAAUUUGCUGCCCAGUGUGACAUGGAAAAGAUUUCUCUAAACGAGGCGCAGUUCCGUUGGCAUCUGAACGAAGACCAGAUGGCGACUGACAAGCUAUCAGACGGCAUUAGGAAGUUCGCUGCCGACACGAGAAAACUGGAAUCCCUCAUCAAAGCCCUCCUUGCUAAGAAGUAG